AAAAUUCGAAACAGUAGUUGAGGAAAGAGUACACUAUAGCAUAGCAUAGUGUCAGUAAGUAACUCAUCAUCCUCAGACAGAUAGUGCGCAUUGCAGAACCAACACACAAACUCUCUCCAAGAAAACUCCCAAAUAUGGAAGCUCUCAUCAUCUUCUUCCUGCUAUCAUGCGCAGCCACUCACUUACCCUGCGCCUCCCCGGCCAGUUUCAGCCGCCGUCACCUCUCGCAAGCUCCUCCUGUAACCGAUCCUUCCACAUCAUCUCCCGGCGGCUUACCUUUCUUCCCAGCCGACGGCUUAUCAUCCUCCCCUCCUCCGCCACCUCCUCCUCUUCCACCUCUCCCGAUGCCUCCACCGACGCCUCUACCGCCGUCCUCCCCCACGUACGCCACUUUUCCGGCGAACAUCUCCGCCCUCGUCCUCCCUCGCUCCCCGAAACCGCACGCCGCUUCGAAGACGCUCCUCAUCCCGCUUAUCUCCGCCGUGCUCGCCGUCGCAACAGCCGUCGGAGCAGCCUUGUUUCUCUACGGACGGUGUCGAGGGCAGAACGGUAAUUUCAAAGACGAUUCAAAGACGACCGCAGCUUCUUCUUCAGACAUAAUAAUAAACACAUCCGAACAAGCUCCAAGUCCCCUUCCAAGAAACAACAACACUGAAAACAAACUCACCGUCUCUGCUUCAGCAACCUCCUCCGAUGUUCUCUACCUCGGAAACCUCGCCACUACUUCCGGUUUCGUCAAACCGGAGUCACCAGAGAUCUCUCCACUCCCGCCAUUGUCGUCGUCUCAUAAGAGUCAUAACUUCCAUCAACAAAGCUCCGAAGAAGAAGACGACGACCACUUCUACUCCCCUCUUGCGUCUCUAGCUGGUAAAGAAUCACGAGAACAGAGAAACUACUCUCCCUCUCUCUCCUCAACCUCGGACUCUCCUGCCACGUCACCGUCCGUUAACAUAGCAAGGAGCAACAACAAGAGACACCACGUCGUGCCGUCUCUGAGAAUGUUCACCCUCUGGAACCAUCAGAAUCUUGGCUCCUUCCCUCGAAUCUCCUCUGCUUCCACUUCACCUGAGAGAGGAGGAGGUACGAUUCGAACUCCCGACGACCACGCGUACGCUCGCUCCUCCAUGUACUCUUCGGUUUCCACCACUCCUGAUCGUUUCUUCUUCCGGAAGGUGCUCGAGACAGCCUCGCCGCCGAGGUGGAACGACUUCAGUCGAAACGUCAAGUCUCUGUUCCUCUCCUCUGCUUCUUCUCCCGCUAGAGAUUUCUGUAUCGACGUCUCUGAAUCUUCUACAAAGCUCAAGUCUGUUCCUCCUCCUCCUCCUCCGGAACGGCCUCCGCCUGAAAUGCCGGCGCCGCCUCCUCUUGUCCCGCCGUCGCAGUCUUUUAUGGUUCACAAGUCUGGAAAAAAACUAUCUUGGGAUGCAACAGCAAAGGUGAAACCUCUGCCCUGGGAGAGAGUCCGACCACGGAAGAACACAUGGGACAGUCUCAAGUUCAGUUCUUUGAAUGCUAAUCCGAAGCAGAGGAGUCUCAGCUGUGAUCUCCCAAUGCUGAAUCAAGAAAGCAGAGUCUUUUUAGAUCCGAGGAAGUCUCAGAGUAUUGCUUUUCUACUAUCAACUCUUCAUCUCACUACAGAUGAUGUUUGUCAGGCCCUUCGAGAUGGUCAAUAUGAAGCGCUUGGAGUUGAGCUUCUUGAGAGUUUAUCAAGAGUGGCGCCGAGUGAAGAGGAAGAGAAGAGGCUGAAGAGCUGUAGUGAUGAUGAUGAGGACGACUCGGUGAUCAAGCUUGCUCCAUCAGAGAGGUUUCUCAAGGACUUGCUUAAUGUGCCUUUUGUGUUCAAAAGGAUUGAUGCAUUGCUCUUUCUUGCUACGUUUGAUUCCAAGAUUGAACAGUUAAAACAAUCAUUUGGCGUUAUACAGGCUGCUUGUGAGGAACUACGGACCAGCAGAAUGCUAUUGAAGCUAACUGAAGUUGUCUUAGAGACAGGAAUGAAGGGCGUGAAUGCUCAAGACUUCAAACUUGUGGCGUUGUUAGAUGGAGGAACCACUCUCUUGCGUUCUGUUGUACAGAACAUCAUAGAAUCACAAGGUACCAAAGUGUUGCAAGUUGUCAGAGAUCUCAGUUUAGCGCUUGUAGAUGUCAAAAAAACUGCAGAAAUGGACUAUGGUGUUCUAAGAAGCGAGGUUUCAAAGCUUUAUCAAGGAGUCCAGAAAGUUGAGGAUCUGCUACUGACUGAGGAGAAUGGAUCGAAAUUCAAGGAGUCACUGACCAAGUUCCUAGAAACCGCUGUGAAGGAGACUAAAAAUAUUGAAACAGAAGAUGCUUCCACGCUCGCUGCAGUGAAAGAGAUCACAGAGAUUUUCCAUGGAGAUUCAGCAAAACAAGAAGCUCAGCUAUUGAGAGUGUUCAUGAUCGUGAGAGACUUUCUGUCUGUUCUAGAUAAAGUAUGCAAGGAAAUGGAGGUUGACUAGAGAAGAGAGUACUCUGGCUUAGUAGGUUUCAAGUGUAAAGGAAGAUCCUACAAUCUUUCCAAUACUGUUGAUGCAUUGUGUUGCCUCCUUAAAUUAGUUAUGUACUUAUGUUUGUAUGAAUCGUUGGAACGAUGAGUUCUUCAGUGAAAUUUUACUUGAUUUCUGUAUCAAAGCAAAA